AUGCAUCAAGGAAAUGCUAGCGCUCAACAGGACUCGUUGCUUUACAUCGACAAGGCGAUAGAGGCUCUCAAUUGCCAUAAUGCCUUUUGCCGUAAAAACGAAAACAUUUUGGAUUGUAACGCAGAGUUAUACUCCAAGGUCGUUCUCUUGAAAUUCCAGCUGCUAUUUCAUCAGCUGGAUGCAUCCACGCAGGCGGACAGGCCAAAUAUCAUCUCUUCCAUCAAACAGCAUCUUUGCUCGUUAUCAUUUUGCCUGCUCACCAGCGGCAUCACAGACCAUUUGUCGGUCGUGCUUUUCGACUGCAUCCACUUGCUUUUCAACUCAAAGGCAUAUGAAGACGCCAAGGCCAUCACGGAGUGUCUGCAACUGCUUUCAUACAAAACAAAUUGCAUUGAAAAUCUUGCCACUUCCUAUGAAAUCUCCGUCCUAUUAAGUUGCAUUCUGAACGAUUACCACGCAUCCAAGAACUUUGUUCAGGAAUUGUCACGAAUCAAAACCACCGAGCAUGCGCAACCAAAGCUGUUGAUCUUAAUACUGCACGUGCAGACGAUCGCAAAACUCAAUGCCGGCGAUUCGGUUGCACAGAUAUUUUCUAUCAUGAAUGAUGUGGCUAGCCUUUCUCAGGCCAGCGAAGAGCUCUAUUAUGCAUUCCACGAAGUGCUGAUUGAAAAUAUCCCUUUGGUUGACAUUCCGUUCGCUUUACACAUGAUGUGCGGCUUUCUUGGAAAGAGAGGGAGCUCCGUUUGCUAUGUUUCCUUGUGUCUGGAGGUGAUGGUCUCGUACCUUGUAAACAUUUAUGAUCAUUUUGAUGAACAUUGCUUUUCCAGUGCUGCACAAGUAGUGUUCGCAGCAAUUUUGGACCUACUCGACCAAUGUAAGCCACAUCAUAUUCAAGGCGCUAGUGCACAAGUGGAUCCAAACGGUCAUGCACCAAUUGGAUGA